UUUUGCCCCACUUCGGCCACGAGAAAUCGACUGCAUCAUGUUGCCGCCGCAAGUACAGCUGGAAGCGUUCCAAUUCUAUGGCUUCGAGUGCCACGGCCUCUUCGCACAAGAAGACCUCCCCGUGAACACCCCUGUGUGGGUUUGGGACACUGUCACGGAGCCCCUUGUCACGUUUACCCGAAAGGAAGUGAUGAGUCAUCCUGACCGCCAGAAGCUCAUCAACUUCUCGUACAUGGUCAACGACGACUGCUUUGCCACGACGACGGCACCGGAAGAGGACGCAUGCUGGUACUUUAACCACUCGUGCGACCCCAACUGCUGGUUUGAAGGCGAUGGCAAAAUUGUCACGCGUCGCGCGGUCAAAAAAGGCGAGCAGUUGUGUUACGAUUACGCAUGCACGGAGACUGAGUCUUCGUUGCAUGUGGACAUGAACUGUCGGUGCGGAGCCGAGACGUGCCGCGGUCAAUUGAAGUUUAACGACUGGAGGAGCCGGGGCUUCAUGAAAAAGAACUUGGGCCACGUGACCGACUACAUCAUGCGCAAACAUGCUGAAAACGGUUGGUAUGACACCCGAAUGGAGCUUCGAUACAAAUCCAAAUCGUCGAUGGGGCUCUUUUGCCGCGAAGUGUCUGAUUGCAAGAUCCUUAAAGGCGAAAUCGUGCUCAUGUUCUCGGGCAAAAUCGUGCACAAGGACACGCUCCUCGAGCGCGGGGCCAUGACGCCUCGGGACUUUGAAAUGUCCCUCCAAGUGCAGCGAGACUUGUGGCAAAUUCCGGCUUGGAAGGAGACGGGGGACAAGAUCGAAACCAGCGACUACAUCAACCACUCGUGCGACCCGUCCUGCGGCAUGCUCGACUCGGUGACCGUCGUGGCCAUUCGAGAUCUGCAUCCUGGCGAGGAGAUUACGAUCGACUACUGCAUGGUCAACGACGGCACAAACAGUGACCCGAGCGACAACUUCACAUGCAUGUGUGGUAGCGUGAACUGCCGCACCACUGUCACCACAUUGGACUGGCAAAUCCCCGAACUCCAGACACGGUUGGGCCAGUUCUUUGCCCCGUUUGUCAAGCGCGUGAUCGAAGACGCGCCGUUCGCUGUUGCGCCGUGAGUAGUUGUCCCCAGCAGUUUAGCAUAGAGUAAUUUCGAAUGGAAUCAUCGUAACCCGUA